GACCACAAUGGACACCUUGCUGGCUGGUUGGACUCGGUCCGGGGAUUUCCUGCAGGAUCGCUGGACUGCGCUGUUGGACAUCGUGGGUGAAGAUCCGUGGAGACUGUGGGUGGGGGGCAGCACGGUCGUCAUCUUCGUGGUGUAUUGGCUCUAUGCGGGCAUCUUCACCCUGAUGGACAUCACGAACCGUCCGCGCUUCCUGCGCAAAUACAAGAUCCAACCGGGUCAAAAUGAGCCAGUGGACUUGGCCAAACUCUGGAAUGCCGUCAAGGUGGUGCUCCUCAAUCUGACGGUGGUUAACUUCCUGGCUUGCUGGGCGGUUUAUGAGCUGGUUUACAGGACGGAGAACAGCGGCGAUAUUCGGGUGCUGCCCACCUUCAGGAGGGCUCUCCGGGAUCUGGCCGUCUUUGUGGUUCUGGAGGAGAUCAUGUUCUACUACGCCCACCGCCUGCUGCACCACAGAUCGGUGUACAAGCAUGUCCACAAGAAGCACCACGAGUGGACGGCACCGAUUGCGGCCAUUACCCUGUAUGCCCAUCCGGUGGAGCAUGUGGUGGCCAAUCUGCUGCCGGUGGCCACCUCCAUUGCGAUCCUGGGCACCCAUGUCGCCCUGGCCUACGUCAUCUUCGCCCUGGCCAUCGUCAACUCGAUGAGCGAUCACACGGGCUACAGCUUUCCCUGGUCGGCGGGAUCGGUGCGGUUCCACGACUACCACCAUGCCAAAUUCAACUACAACUACGGGGUGCUCGGCCUGCUGGACAAACUGCAUGGCACCUAUCGCAGUCCUGCCGAGCAGAGGAGUCCUGCAUCGAGGAUUAGAAGCAAGCCCAGCAAAAGGAAAUCCAAAUAGUCGCUUUGAUUAUUACUUUUCUUGCAAAAAACUAGCGACCAUAUUUAAAAUAGUAACUCAGCAAUUCCUUU